GAAUAUAAUAAUCCAUCCCAGCUCUUAAUCAAUUGAUUCUUAAUUUCUGUCAUCAUCAAAAUUUUGUCUUUCCCAAUUCUCAAUUAUAUCAAAAAAAAAUAUCCCCAGAAAAUUAUCAGAACAAAAAUCAACUUCUUUUGUUCUUAAACCCCUUCAUCCAAUUCAUCCACUUAAUACUGAUUGGUUUUUCUGGGUUUUUUCAAUGACUGUUUAUGAUUCUUUUGCUUCUUGGAUCAACAGCUUCCUUGCUUGCAUGGGGUAUGAGUGUAUGCAGAGCCACAUAGGGGAAGGAUUCGAUCCCAAGGCUGUGAGCAGUAGCUGUUUGGGAAGCUGUUCAAAACCAAAACAUGCUCCUUCUGUAGAUGAUCAUGCACCUAAGGGACUACAAUGCCAGGGACAGGUGGUGGAGAAAGUCAGCUUAUCAGAUGACUUUUGGGGCACCAGCACUGGCGAUAUAGACAACCCAAUUGGUCUAUCACAACGAAGCAUUUCUUCGAUUAGUACAUCAAACGUCAGCUUUCAUUCUGAUCUAGGAUCAGCAAGCAUGAACUCCCAUAAUGACUUCGUAAAUCAUGGUCUUCUUCUCUGGACUCAAAACCGUAUUCAGUGGAUAGCAGCUACAAAGUCAAAUGAAGCUCAUCAAGCCCUUGGACCUACAAUCAGUCUAAAUGCUACGUAUGACAGCUUGCUCAGCUCCAGGGAGCGAUUCAGGCGACCCAUCCCAUUAUCAGAAAUGGUAGAAUUUCUAGUUGAUGUAUGGGAGCAGGAAGGACUAUAUGACUGAAAGAUAAACUGUAGAUAACAUUUUCAAUAUCUCAAUAUUCAAUCCUUCAAAUUGCGGAAUUAUUAGAAGUUUAGAGAACAAAAAUCCUAUAAUUAACCCAUGUACAGAUGUUAUUUAGCACAGCUAAUUUAGUAGUAUACUACCCAUGAAUGCUUUGUGCUCCCUACAUUUUGUUUUCACUUCUGUUGUUUCAUGAAAGUGUAGUGGUAUAUUUUGGGUGUUGUUAAACACAAAAGUUUAAUUAAGUGCGUUGCAAAAUGUACUUUACAAAUCAUACAUUUAUUUGAUAGAUUUUGUUGUAACAACAA